AUGCGCUUUACACGACCUAACUGGCCCAGCCUGCGGGUUGAGCAGGCAGAGUCUAGCUUUGUACGCGGAGACGUGCGAUGGACGAACAAAGAUCUCGAUCCUGUUCCCAAGAAUAUGCGGAAAUGGACAGUUCUCAGCUUCAUCGGCUACUGGAUUUCCGAUUCCUUUUCGGUGGCCAACUGGCAGCUGGCCAGCAGUAUUAUCGCCAUUGGACUGUCCUGGCGAGAAUCUUUGGGCAUGGUUGCUCUAGGCUUUUUCAUUCUUUCCAUUGUGAUAUCUAUGAACGGGGCCAUCGCCUCCAUUUACCAUGUCCCCUUUCCGGUGAUUGCACGGGCGAGCUGGGGCUUUUGGGGCUCCUAUAUCCCCAUCGUUUCAAGACUAAUCCUAGCUGUCUUCUGGUUUGCAACUCAGGUGGUGAAUGGAGGAAAUUCAGUUGCUGUCAUGAUCGGAGCGAUAUGGCCCAGUUUUCUUGACAUCCCGAAUGCGCUUCCAGACGAUGAGGGUAUCACCACGCAAGGCAUGGUGGGCUUUCUCCUCUUCUGGUUGCUUCAAAUCCCGUUCCUGCUUGUCCAUCCCAGCAAACUACGAUGGCUCUUUCUCAUCAAGGCUGUCGUGGUGCCAACUGCAUGGGUCGCUAUGCUCAUCUGGGCAUUUGUGAGCACCGCAGGCGCGGGCGACCUCUUCUCGCAGAAAAGCGAGUUGACCGGAUCCGCCUAUAGCUGGGCCAUGAUGUCUUCUCUAACGUCGGUGAUUGGGAAUUAUGCAACGCUCAGCGUCAACCAGGCUGAUUUCUCUCGUUAUUCCUGCGUCAACCCCCGGUGGCAUAUUCUCUAUGUAGUCCUUCUACCUAUCAUCUUCACCUUCAUAGCCUUCAUCGGCAUCGCCGUCUCGUCCGCCGGCCAGUCGAAAUAUCACCUCGACUCAGUUCCCUGGGACCCAAAUGUUCUGCUUGCGCUUUGGAGUAACCGCGCCUGCCGGUUCUUCGGUGCUUUUUCGUUUGCCCUCGCCGCCAUUGGGUCGAAUAUCUCCGCAAACUCAAUAGCCGCAGCCAAUGAUUUCACCGCGCUGGCACCCCAAUUCAUGAACAUCCGCCGUGGUCAACUGCUUUGUGCUCUGCUCGCCUGGGCAUUGGUCCCUUGGAAGAUCCUGGCGUCGGCUGGAAACUUUCUAAACUUCAUGUCCGCCUACGCCAUUUUCCUGGGCCCAAUUGCUGCCAUUAUGCUGUGCGAUUACUGGGUCGUCAAGCACCGGAAGUAUGACUGCGUGGCCCUGUAUCAACCGUAUGGAAUCUAUCGCUAUUUUCAUGGGCUCAACUGCCAUGCUCUGGUGGCCUUUGUGGUCGGCACGGUGCCCAGUCUCCCGGGUUUGAUGCAUUCGGUCAACUCAAGUAUUGCCAUCGGGGUAGGAAUUCAUCCGUAUGAGUUUGGCUGGCUUCUGGGCUUUACUGGCAGUACGAUAGUGUAUCUUGGCUUGAACUUCUGGUUCCCGUAUACGAAGUCGGAAAUCUCCGUGCCUAUUCUUCCGGAUGACGGUCUAGAAGGAAGCGUUCCAGAGGAGGGGGUGGAAGAUGAUGGAUAUGUGAAUGAUCACAUAAAAUGCAAAGAGUAG